UCUCUUCGGCUUUCUAUCUACUCCGCCAAUCUCCUCCCCAGCCUCUGGAAGCAGCGCAGCAUCGGAAACAGGUAAUGGCUCCUAAACAGCCCAACACGGGCCUUUUUGUUGGAUUGAAUAAAGGUCAUGUUGUGACCAAGAAGGAACUGGCUCCAAAACCCUCUGAUCGCAAAGGAAAAACAAGUAAGAGGGUCCAUUUCGUUAGAAACUUAAUCCGUGAAGUUGCCGGUUUUGCACCUUACGAGAAGAGAAUUACUGAGCUUCUGAAGGUUGGGAAGGACAAGCGUGCACUGAAAGUGGCUAAGAGAAAGCUUGGUACCCACAAGAGGGCAAAGAAGAAGCGUGAGGAGAUGGCCAACGUUCUCCGCAAGAUGAGAGCUGGUGGAGGUGGAGAGAAGAAGAAAUGAGAGAUCUUUCUUAUUACUUCUUAGUCCAACUCUAUAGAGAAGUCAAUUUAGUUUGUGCAACAUUUUGAUCGGAGACUAGUUUAUUUUAAAGAUUUUGUUGUUUUUAAAUGUUGAAUUGAUGAAUCAUUGAAUGCAUGUAUUGCAUGUAUUGCUCUUUCGUCUCAAUAUUAAGGUUUUUGACGGUGUGCAAGCAUUUUUGGUUGGACAUAUUUAUUUUCCAAUUAGAAUAGUGCUGUUUCUACUAUCUAUUUUGUUUUCCGAAA